AAGGCUCACGCACCUCUCCGCCGGCGAAAUCCUUCGGGGGCGCAGCGGCGGCCGGCGAUGGGGGAGUUCGCGGCGGCCAAGACGUCGGUGUGGUGGGACAUCGAGAAUUGCUGCGUCCCACGCAGCUGCGACCCGCAGCUCAUCGUCCAGAACAUGAGCUCCGCCCUCGCCGCCGCCGGCUACAGAGGCCCCAUCUCCGUCUCCGCCUACGGGGACACCAACGGCAUCUCCCAGCCCGUCCUGCACGCCCUCUCCAGCACCGGCGUCUCGCUCAACCACGUCCCCGCCGAGAAUGCAGGCGUUAAAGAUGCAAGUGAUAAGAAAAUCUUGGUUGACAUGCUGUUCUGGGCUCUUGACAAUCCUCCACCAGCAAAUUAUCUGCUCAUCUCCGGUGACCGGGACUUCUCUAAUGCCAUUCAUAAGCUUAAAAUGAGGCGAUACAAUAUUUUAUUGGCAAAUCCUCCAAAUGUGUCUCAAACCCUUAUUGCUGCAGCAAAGAGUGUUUGGCUCUGGAAAAGCCUUGUCGCUGGAGAACCACCAUUAGCACAGUCACCAUACAUAAGCAGCACAUCAAGUGGCAAUAAGGUUGAUUUGGAUAAGUCAAAGAACAUAGUUUUAAGUUCAUCAGACGCGACUCAAGUUACCAACCAUGAGGUGCCGAAUAUUUUGUGCGAUCCUCAAAGCGAUGCCAAUGGCAAGGCAGAUAAGAAAUCUGAAGUUGAGCAACCUCGAGAAAUGAAGACAGACAAACUGUCCAAAGCAGCAAGGAGAAAGCAGCUGAAGAGGAGUAACCCUGGGGGAAGCGAGCUUACUAAGCAAACUGUUUUCAAGAAGUCCAAGAAGUCCAAGAAGGCCAAGAGAGCUAAAAGGAAGCGCUUGAUCUGCUUUAGGUGUGGUGAUAGACACUGCGCUGUAGAGUGCACCUUUAGCGGUGACUGUCAGUGGUGUGGAAAACCUGGCCACAAGGACCUAUUGUGCAGAGAGAACCCGCACAGAAUUGUGAGGCGGAUUCCACAUUACCGACCAAGCCAAGGGCAGGGGAUGAUCUGCUUCAAGUGCGGUGUUGUUGGACACUGUGGUGCCAAAUGCACCUAUAUCGGUUCCUGCGACCAUUGUGGCCAUUUAGGCCACAUGGAGAGUGUGUGUAGACAGAACCCUGAUAGCAUCAUUAAGUGGGAGCAAGUACAAGUACAUGCAGACGGCAAUGCUAAGUCCUUUCAGGGGUCGGUCCACAUGACUGUUCAUGCUUCUUAGCUGCACCAAACUUGGGCACCGUCCCUGGGGUGCUUCUUGCAUGUGACUCCUGCUGUACCAACUCCAUCCCUGACUUCUGCGGCUCCUGCACUGCCACAUACAGCCACAUACAGGUGUUGCAGCUUCUUCUUCCCCAACUCAAUCUGGAGUCUGUGCCAUGCUGACUUCUGUGUGGUUGGGUAAACCAGACGUGGUGCCAUGAUCGACAUCUUCAGCCCUUUGUAUUGCUACGUCUCUUCUAGCUUACCGACCAAUCCUGGUAAGUAUCAUCAAGUGGGUACUUCUCAGCUGCUUCCUGAUUGGACACAGCCCCCACAUAUCGGCGUUGCUGUUUCUUCUACACCAGCUCAGUAUUGAGUCUGUGCCACCCAACUGAUGUGUCAUGUGGUAAACCAGACGCCGUGCAUUAACUGACAUCUUCAUCUCUUCAUCCUCCUGCGGCUGUUCUAGCUUACAGACCAGUCCUGGGUGGUCAGUAUCAUCAAGUGGGUACUACACCGCGUGGGAGCCGCACACCCUGUAAUGCCGAUGUUCCCUGUUCGCCGCGGGGAUGCCGCAGCACCUCGCCGCCACAUGAGGGAAGGACCUCGCCGCCGCCGUCACCCUCUGGGCUUUGCCCAGCGGUGAGCUCCGGCGGCGGUGAGGGGAUGGAGAGGACAGGCGAGCGCCGCCGGAAUUUACGUGGGACAGUUUCGUGUGGCUCGCCCUCUUUUCCGUGGGGUAGUAGUGAUCACAGG